UGUUUAUAAACGUUGUUGUCAUGUUUUAGUUUCGGCAAAGAUCAUAGUUAGGUGACCGUGUGACUGCAACAGAACAGCUGAGCGUAGUUACAAAAGUAGAGAGCAGUGGAGCAUUAUGUCAAAACAUAAAAUCAUUACCCUUCGUGUUCAGUCGUCGGAAGGAACAAAACGCGUGGAAGUUGAACCAAGUGACUCUAUAUUACACUUGUUUGAAAAGGUGCAUGAUGCUUUUGGUUUGAGUGGGUACACAUUUGCUCUUUAUCGUGAACGUGGGAGGAAGGAUGAACUUAUUUCUUCCCGUUCAAGAACCAUUCGCUCAAGUGGAUUGCGCCAUGGUGAUAUGGUUUAUAUGUGUCCUCUUAAUGGAGCACUGCUUUGGUCAGAGCCAUCACCUGGCAGCAGCAACAGUAUGGCCCACGAUGAACCGAUUGAUGACUAUCCCGAGAAAUCUUCAUCCACUCCCAGUCAGAAUAUUGCACUCUUGACAACACCAGUGGUGCCACUGCAAGAAGAUGAAGUUGAUCAGCAGCUGUGGAAACUAGAUGGGAAGGUGCAACGUAAACGGGAUGAUAAACUUUGUCGCCAUGGUCCAAAAGCUUGCUGUGUGCAUUGCUCACCACUGGAACCAUUUGAUGAGGCUUAUCUUAAAGAGCAGAAUGUUAAACACAUGUCAUUUCAUUCAUAUCUCAGAAAACUUACAGCAGGUGUUGACAGGGGUAAAUUUGUAAACCUGGAGGAUAUUAGCUGUCGAAUCAGGGCUGGUUGCAAAGAUCAUCCACCUUGGCCUAAGGGUAUUUGCUCAAAAUGUCAGCCAAAUGCCAUUACCUUGAAUCGACAGGUGUAUCGCCAUGUGGACAACGUCAUGUUUGAGAAUGCCCAUCUUGUUGAACGUUUCAUUAAUUACUGGCGCAGUACAGGUCAUCAACGCCUUGGAUUUCUUUAUGGGCGUUAUGAAAUUCAUGGAGAUGUUCCUUUAGGUAUACGUGGUACAGUGGCUGCUAUAUAUGAACCACCACAAACAAGUACACGAGAUAGCAUUACAUUACUUGAAUCAGACAAGGACAGAAAGCAUGUGGAUGAUCUGGCUGGGCAGCUUGGCUUAAGGCGUAUUGGUUGGAUAUUCACCGAUCUUGUUACAGAUGAUGUGAAGAAAGGCACAGUGAAACAUGUUCGUAACAUAGAGAGCCAUUUCUUGUCUGCAGAGGAGUGUAUAAUGGCAGGCUACUUUCAAAAUCAGCAUCCAAAUCCCUGUCGUUUCUCACCUGUUGGGUACUUUGGCUCAAAGUUCGUGACUGUCUGUGUCACAGGUGAUGCAAGCAAUCAAGUCCAUAUGGAAGGAUAUAGUGUUUCUAAUCAGUGCAUGGCUCUUGUGAGAGACAACUGUCUUGUCCCAACAAAAGAUGCACCAGAACUUGGUUAUGUUCGUGAAUCAACGGACAAACAGUACGUGCCAGAUGUCUACUACAAGGAGAAAGAUGGUUAUGGUAAUGAGGUAUCAAGAUUGGCUCGUCCUCUUCCGGUCGAAUAUCUUCUAGUGGAUGUGCCAGCGUCCACCCCAUUAAUUCCUCUGUAUACGUUCUACGCCAGUGAUGCCAUACAAGCUUUUCCCGUUGAAAACAGGCUGGUUGAUGGUCACAUCCAGGAUUUCAACACAUUAAGCAACUACCUACAACAGUUCUCACCAGAUCAGUUUCUAAAUGCAGUCUCUGAUUUUCAUUUCUUGUUGUACAUUUCAACAAUGGAUAUGCUGCCAAUGAAGGAGUAUAUGGGACCAUUGCUUGAAGCAGUGCGGACACAGAAUAGUGAAAUGGCACGGGACUGGGCUAGGUCAGAACACUGGGCAACAGUAGAACAACUUAUUGCUGCAAGUUCCUUAUCGCCGCCUUCAUCACGACCUCAAAGUAGCACAUUUACAUCUCCAUUAACAGCUCCUGCUGCCUCUGCAGCAGCAACAGCAGCAAUGCCAUCGUCACCACCAAUGCACGAUGAUGCAGGCUGGACCUGCAGUCAUUGCACAUUUUUAAACCCAACUGAACUAUCAAGUUGUGAAAUGUGUCAACUUCCAAGAUAAAUUUGUUUUUACAGAAAGAAAAAAAAAAAAAAAGAA